UAUCAAUCAAAGGUUGAAAAAUAUCAUCCCACUCCUAUAAUAAAUAUUUUUGUAAUUUCAUAUACAAGAGCAAACAUGAAUUUAGAUUAUUUAACCCAUUAAGAGAAGUGAUAAUUCAUUCAUGAUGCAAUAGGUGAAACCAGUUCUUGGAAAGGAAAGAGAGAGAAUGGCGAUGAGAGCAUCGACGAUGCGAGAGGGAAGGUGGUUAUCGUUGUCAGAGGCGAGGUGAUUGAGGGAGGAAGCAGCGGCGAAGUAAUUGAUCAAUGUCGACAGGGGUGUUUGGUCUUUGAGUUCCUGUGACAUGACGUCGAUUCCUAUGCAGAGGUAUUGAUGAUUUUCUUGUGAAAAAAUAGAGAAGCAAGAGAGAAUUGAUUUGCAGAAAAUCAUUUUUAGUUUUGUAGAGAUUAUAGAGAAAACAUCCACUUUGAUUGAGAAUGGAGGUGCGAUUUAGAGCUAUAGAGAUUUGGAAAACCGUAAAAAUGAAAAGAAAAAAUUAAAAGAAAGUAAAAAAGAAAUAAAGAUACAGUAAUAAAUAAAAAAAUAAAUAAAAAGUACCGUAUAAAUUAUAUAAUUAAAAAAAAAAAAACUGUAUCUUGUGUAAUUUUUUCUUUAUUUCAUUAUUUUCUUUUUUUACCCAACUAUUUAAAUUUAUAGUUUAUCCGCACUAUUUCCUGCCUCGACUGUUAAUUGAGCUCCACAUAUUUCAGUCUAUCAAUGGCUGCAUUCUUUUCUUGCAGAGCUCUCCAAUCUUUUCUUUCUCCUUCUUUUUCUUCUUCUUCUUGUUCUUCUUUUCCAAAUGCUCAUUAUCUUCCACAAUUACUCCCAAUAAAACUAGAAUUCCCAUCUGUCUCCUGCUGCAGCUGCACCCAUGCGAAACUCCUCCACCCAUCCACCAAUCUUAUCUUCUUACUCGACAGGCCUUUUUUGGACACUCAGACUGCUCUUGCCACUAUCAGUGUCGUUGCUGCCAUUGCGCUCUCUCUCUUCUUGGGCCUCAAGGGAGAUCCUGUUCCCUGUGAUCGCUGCGCGGGAAAUGUAGGUGGCACAAAAUGUGUUUUUUGCAAUGAUGGCAAGAUGAAGCAAGAAACGGGCUUGGUAGACUGUAGGGUUUGCAAGGGUGCAGUAGCACCCAGAAAUAUGUCCAACUCUACUCCUUAUGAGGUCGAUGAAUGCAGAGGAGUUCUUCGCGUUUACAGCGAUGGCUCAAUCUGGCGUUCUACUGAGCCAAGCUUCAAAGUUCCUGUUCAUGAUGGUGGUUCUGUUCUAUGGAAAGAUUGCCUCUUUGACCCUGUUCAUAAUCUUCACCUCCGGCUCUACAAGCCAGCUUCUUCAUCCUCUUCCACCAAGCUUCCAGUCUUCUAUUACAUCCAUGGUGGUGGCUUUUGCAUUGGUUCUCGGACUUGGCCCAACUGUCAAAACUACUGUUUCAAGCUUGCCUUGGACCUUCAAGCUGUGAUAAUCUCUCCGGAUUACCGUUUAGCUCCGGAAAACCGGCUUCCUGCUGCCAUUGAGGAUGGAUUCAUGGCCAUGAAAUGGCUUCAAGCUCAGGCUUUGUCCGAGGAGGCGGAUACAUGGCUAUCUGAGGUUGCUGAUUUUAGUAAGGUUUUCAUUUCUGGUGAUUCAGCUGGUGGGAAUAUUGCACAUAACUUGGCUGUUCGGCUAGGAGCUGGAUCGCCCGAGUUGUCCCCUGUUCGGGUGAAGGGUUAUGUACUUUUGGCACCCUUUUUCGGUGGGAUGGUGAGGUCUGUAUCAGAAGUAGAGGGGCCUAAAGACGCAUUUCUGAACUGGGAGCUCAUUGACAGAUUUUGGAGAUUAUCCAUUCCCAUUGGCGAUACAACUGAUCACCCUCUAGUGAACCCAUUUGGACCAUAUAGCCAGAGUCUUGAACUAGUAAAUCUUGACCCAAUUCUAGUGAUCAUGGGAGAAAGUGAUCUGCUGAAAGAUCGUGCUAAGGAUUAUGCAGAGAGACUGAAAGCUUGGGGAAAGAAGAUCGAAUACGUUGGAUUCGAAGGAAAGCAACAUGGCUUCUUCACCAUUGAUCCUAAUUCAGAAGCAUCAAACAAAUUGAUGUUACUUAUCAAAAGCUUUAUUAAUGAGAAUGAUUAUCAGAACAUUCAUUUCUGAAAGUUCCUGCUAAAGAUGGUAUGUGUGAGCUUUAUGUAUGUGUCUCUCAACUGCACAAAAUGUGGUUAUUUUCUUAUCCUUCUUAUGUUGCAAUUUCCCAACAAUAUUCUCAAUAAAAAUCAUGAUGGUUAGUAGCUA